CUUUGUUCCUCCCGAAAAAAAUACCGACCGAGCCGCAGGGUUUAACCGAGAGCGAUGGGAUGUGGCGCCAGCGUGCAUCCCAAGAGCUUCUCGGACGUGUCUCCCAGCCUCCCAACCGGAGCGCCGACAGGUCGGCCCUUUUUUGAUGCCGAGAAGAAGGCCAAGAAGAAGGCAGCCCAGGUGAUAUCUUGGGAUGGCGAGGCUCUUGCGCAGAACCUGCAGCUCCAGGCAGACGAGGAGUUUCAGGAGAAGAUGCGAGCAGCUGGCAUAUGCAGCGAGGACAGUGAGGAAGAUGACACCUCCACGCGGUCGGGCACCGUCGCACACCUGGACAGCACCGAGAACCUCUCGAACCUCUCGUCGGUUGAGGACUCCAGACGCGGCGAGGGUCUUCCGCAAAGCCGCUUGAGGGUGCAUCACAGCCUGCCGACCAUCGUCUCCAACGGCUAGGCUGUCAGUCCCGCAUGUUCAUGACGGCCUUGCAAGGCCGGCUAUCGCCUCUUCGGUAGCUGAUAAGGCUGCGGGGAGACGGCUUUCGCUGUUCUGACAUUCCCGGCAGCAGGUUUCACUCGGUUCGAUGACUGCAAAGCGUAAGGUGUUCCAUUGAUC